AUGGGGCGUUCCAAAUACUUUUUCGCCUCGGGGAGGUCUCCACCUCGCUCGCGGUCGGCCUCGCUGCGCUUCGCCUUGCGCGCUGCUCUCGUUUUUUUCUUCUGCGUCCUUUCUUCUUUGCCGCACUUCUCCCGCACGGCCGGCGGCGAGAGUCUCCUCUCUCUCGCCGAGGGAAAGCAAGUGGCAUUUCGUGUCAUCGAGCCUUCGUUUACAACUUCUCUUCCUUCUUCGUCGCAGUCCCCUUUGUUUGUCGUGCCUGCUCCUCCUCACGCUUCGUCUGCCCGUUCCACCCACGCCACUCUCGUCUCAGGAGAAAGACCUCUUCGGAUCUCUUCUCCAGAUUUUUUUGUUGAAGGAGGACAAGAUAGCGGAGAAAGGCGAGAGACCGCCGUCUCUCCCGCCAGCUGCGAAGGCAACAGCUCACCCUCUCGGGCUUCCCUUCUUGCAUACAGAGGAGCAAGAGCGCAAGCCUUUCUCUCUCCUCUGACCCACAAGGGUGUGUCUGUAGAAAGCACGACAUACAGGGAUUCACUCCGACGUUCCCCUUCUUUUUUUAAGCCAGUUCGAAAGUGGGGGUCCGAGAUGUCGUCUGGCAUGUCAGCUUCUCCAGUUAUUCUCCCAUCCUCGCCUCUCGCCCCUGCUUCUUCUUCUGCUGGACCUGUCUCCACCUCUGCCUUUUCACCUUGUAUCUCUGUCUCUUCUUCUUCCUUCUCGUCUUGUCGGUCUUCUCGAGACUCACGCCCUUUAUUGGCUUCUUACACGGGCCAGGAAGCCUCCCCUCUGCCGCCGCUAGCGCGGCCACCGCAUCCGUUGAUUCUUCUCUGCGGGCCUCCAUGCAGCGGCAAAGGUAGUUUGGCUGCUUUGCUUUCGCGCCGUCUUUCGCUGUCUCACGUGAGCACGGGAGACCUGCUUCGCAAGUUCCUCCAGCAGAAAGCAGCUGCAGCCUCGACUGAAGGCAGAGAGUGCGCAGCGGCCGGCGUCGCCGCAGGCGAUGUACAUACACCCUGCUCCACACACGCCAGCCAGGCGCUAGAGAGCGGGAGACUCGUUUCAGAUGAUCUGAUUCUUCAGCUCCUGCACCGCGCGAUGGAGCGACUCAGUGCGAAACAGAGCGAGCGGAGAGGCGGUGUCGUUCUUGAGGGAUUUCCAAGAACGGCAAAGCAAGUCGACAUGCUCUAUGCAAUCAAUUGCAAACCAGACGCGAUUGUGUGCCUGGACGUGGAUGACGCCGUGCUUUUCCAGCGUUUGGGCGGCCGGCUUGUGGACCCAGAAACCGCGCAGGUGUACGGAGCAGCGAAUCCGCCGCCUGAAGAAAUCCGACACCGCCUUAUUCGCCGCGCGGACGACAAACAGGAAGUGUUGGAGACGCGCAUUGGAGUGUAUCGCCAGAGCUGGCGAGAAAUCUCCCACAGACUCCGGCGGCGAGCUCAGUCUGUGACGCUGGAGCCGAGUGCGCGCGCGCGCCCCCCGGGUGUACGUACACCCGGAGACCGGGGCAUGGACCUGACGGUGAAUCCUGGAGGGCGCGUUGGAGAGGCUGACGGGGACGGGGCUUCGCAGGAGUUUCCGAUGAGGGAGGAUGAAGAGGAAGAAGAGUUUCAUGCGGACUUUGGAGUGGUCGACGGAGGAAAACACAUCGAAGCGGUGUACACGGACGUCGUGGCGUUUCUGCGGAAGAAGUUCGGGACGAGAAUCGAACAGACCUCGUGAGCGCUGGUGAAGGCGGGAGGGUGGAGAUGCUCGAGAAAUGAGAACAGGGAAACAAAGGGAGAGGAGGCUGUCGUGUAGAAAGAGUUCGUCGAUGGCGAGAGGUGCAAGCACUCGUUGGACAAGAAUCCUCCUGGCUGCAUACGCUGUGCCGUUCCCGCACAAGAGAGACAGGACUGUGAGGCAGACAGGGGCAGAAACAGGCAUGGAAGAUGAAUGCCUUGAAGCCCUUCUCGGGAUCGUGAUCUCCUUGGAGCAUCCAUCACUUCCGCUGGCGCUUGGAGGCCGCUAGCAGCAGGGUGUCAGCCCUUUCGGCGUUUAGG